AUGUCUCUUGGAUUGGACAAUGCACAAAGAAAUGACGACCUACAAUGCAUGAGGUCCUGGAGAGUAGUGGAUGAUGAAUACAGGCCAUCUCCAUCAUUAUUAGCCACAGUACGGUCACCAUCAGUUGAGGUUCAAAUACAUGCAAUAGCUGAACUGACAGUUGAGGAAAUCACCUCUCGUGUGAUGGCCCAACCAUUGUUUUGGACAUCUGUCUGGAACAACUGGAGUACCCUUGGGGUAGACCAAUGGCUGGACACCACAGUGGCUAAUUUCUAUUUGGCCCAUCUGUGGUAUGAGAUGAAUGAUACAUCACACAUGAGAUAUGUCGAUGUAUAUACAGCGAGGAUGAACCACAUAACAGCUGAAGAAAAGGAGCUCUUCAAGAGGAAUUAUUUCCUGCCUCGUGAAAGAAGAUGUCCAAUGGUCCCUGUUGGAUUCAUAGUGCAUCAUUCUCAAUAUUUCUUUGCGGUCAUAUUUGACUAUCAGCAACAGAGAGCUCAUGUACUGGGUCGCCACAUAUCUGAAGAUGCCAUGAAUGUUGAUGGAGUGGAUCCGCAUGACUGGGAAGAUUGGGGUGGACCGGAAUAUUGGAGGAGAAUUGGAGACCUUCACGAAUGGAGUCUAGGGGACGCUUCUGAUGUCUCUGUGAUCACAAAGGAUUGGAUGCAGAAUGGACUCGACUGUGGACCAAUUGCAUGCUCUGUCCUCAAGCAAUAUCUUGCCUCAGGAAUCAACGAGGGUGGCAACUUACCUGUGUUUGUAGUCCAAUGUGGCCAUGUGUUGUGCAUGAUUGCUGGUCAUGUCAAGCUCAGCUGCAGCGACUAUCUCAUGCUUCUGGAUAGCUCACGAGAUGAUUGGAGAGAGGAUGAGUUGCCAGAUGAACAUCUCAUCAAUGACAUUCAGAAUGGAAGGCACCAGGCCAAAUGCCUGCAGCUCUUGCAGAAACUGACUGUUCUCAGUACAACCUGCCAAAUGUGUCAACGUCCCAUAAUCAGGAUGGAUGGAGAUCAGCAAUCAAAUUCUGGUCAGGAUGGGCAUGGAGCCAUAGUGGAUGAGGAUGGUGUGGAUGAUGAGUGGAAUGAUGAUGAAGACGCACUAGGAAUGGCCUUACCACCUGGGAGAAAGGAAACCAUAGCAAAGCUUUUACAAGCAAAUAUCCAACUGACUGUAUCUCGGGAUCGCAAAGCUAUAGUACCUUGUUCUAUUGGGACACACCUUCAACUCGAGCCCGAGAUUCCACCUGAUCUCAAUGUGGCAUACACUGGGAGGAGGUGGCUUCAGGAUGACCGCAAAUUUGACGACUAUGAAGAUGGACCUACAAUCGAGAUGUUGUCAACUUCAAGGGAUAUAUCUCGGACAAUGACAGUUCAGGCUGGAGGAUUGAAGAUCUCCACUGCUUGGGUAGACUGGGUCAAUCAUGGGUACCACAUCACCCCAGGUUCAUUCCACAUAUUCUAUCAAUGUGAUCCUAUAGCCACUAUGGACCACAUCAUGCCUAUCGGUACAACCGACUCCUAUGAUUCUGCAAAUCAGGUUCCAGAUCGCGUCACAGGUGCAUAUAGCCUUGCCAGGCGAGGGUCAGCUCAAGCAGGAGGCCAGAACACGGAGAUCACAGACGUGGAAAUCAUGUCUGCCUCUGAACUCAUUGACUCUGUUGAAUACGAUCCACCACUAAAUGAUGCAUGUAGGUUCGGACACAAAUUCUUUGUCUGUGGCUGCACCAGCCUUCAUGAUGAUCAUGGUCCUGCCCUGUAUGUCGACCUCGAACGGGAUGCAGUACAAUUUUCAGAAGAUGAUAUAGAGAUAUUGGUGGACAUAGACAGUAUAAUUUGGACCACAAAGGUAUUCCGAUGCAAGGGGUCUGUUGGGAUAUAUAUCACUCCGCCAUUCCAAACAAAACCUGGCAUAUUCAAGCACAAUCACACAUAUGUCGACAUCCUCAUUCCACAGUCAGAAGAAGAUGCAAGGGCACCUGGUGGGAGAACAGAAUGGUUGUCGAAAAGAUUUCCGAUGUCUGCAAUUCCUCAUGCCUGUAUUGGGCAGAUAUCAUCAGCUUCCUCAACACUCAAUCUUUAUAUCGCAUUUCCAAGGAUGAUCCAUACACAUCUAGUGAAUGGUCGAAGAAUCACGCUAAUGCCCAAAGAUGUCUUGGACAUUUUCUGGGAUAGAGUUCUGCUUCCAUCCAUAGAAAAUUCCACAGACGUCAGCUGGGUACCAUACAUAAAGCACACAUUGGAGGAGGCACGAUACAAGGAUGUGCAAGCAUGCAUGGAAGAUUGUGUACACGAUGGAGAGAGUGAACUCAGCAUGUUUGGAUCAUUCUUCUUCAUUCUCAAGGGCAAGGGAAUAAAGCUGCUCACAAAGGAUGGUCAGAGGGGGCGAUUUUCAGGACCAGAGGAGGCAUUGUGUCGCAAUUUAUCUGACCUUGAUUGGACAUAUAUGAUAAACCGGAAGCAUGGAGAACUGCUUGUAGAUGUGGGGAUCUCAUUCACACCGCACUCCACAGAUAUUCCAGUCAUAGGAUUAUGGAGAUUAGAUGCAUUGGAAGCAUUAUUUGGGGCAGGAGGAUUCAAGAGAGGGGAGAUACAUCAUCACAACACACUCUCAAGAUAUGGGGCAUUGCAGGCCGAGAUGCAGCAGGAGAGAUCCCAGCAGAUGCACAUCGCAUUCAGGAGCACCUACAACCUAUACUACAAGUCGAUCAGGACAAACAGCAACCAAGGUAACUUUGCUUCAGACAGCGAUGCCUACAAGCUCUCCCCGUCAUAUAUGACUGAAUGUUUUAAAAUUGCAAAACCUCUGGAUGGUUGCAAGGACAAGAUGUAUGGUGUCAGGGAUGAGUAUAGGGUCAGUGGACAUGUGGCCAAAAUAAUACUGGACAAUAUAGACAUCAAGGCUAAGGAAUAUUUGCAAUCAGAUCCAAUACUGUGGAUUCCAUCCAAGAUCUGGUUUGAGCUUAUUAGGAGACAUGUGAGGGAGAUUCAGAGAACUCAAAUAUCCAUUGUGAAAAAGAAUCCUCCAAAUCUCAGCAUCCUCACUGGCGUGCUGAACCACAUGCUUCGCUCGACCACAUCAACCCCUAUCAUCUAUGAUUCUCAUACCGCAGGGAUGUUUUUCCUACAAGACUUCAACCUUGGAAGCGAGACGUGCUUGGAGGAGGUGCAGCAAAUAGAUGAUGUGAAUGUGCUAGCCCUCAUGGGUGUAAAUGCAAAGGAUCACAGGAAUAGAGCUGUAGAAAGGAUCGAUUCAUGGAAGAACACAGGAUCAGAAGAGGACUAUCCCCUUGCUGUUGGACGUCUGAUUGUCAUGUUCACUAGGCAAACAUGGCUCAUGCUGAUGGAAGAUGUCUUGAAAGGAAUUAGGCCCUACCCUAACAAUCUUAAGGAGGCAAUGAAGUGUUGGAUGACAACCAGCAUCGAUGACACUCUUGCUUCAGUGGCCUUCGAAGUAUGUAAUGCUGGGCUGCAGGAUAAUAGAGGUGUAACUCCAGGUCGCAUGAGUCCUAGGUCGAGGGCAUUUGGGGACCGUUCCGUAAUGUUCUUUCCUGAUCCUGAAGCCUCAUAUAGGAACAACACUCAAUGGUCUUUGCUGUGGGAUGGAGAUGGAUACAUUACAGAGUUUCACAGGACGAUAAAGACAAUGGAUUGCUAUCAGCAGGCAACACUUAAGCAAGGAUUGCGCGACGUAUUUUCAGAACUUCAUUGUCUUCCUGCAAGUGGUGCAAGGGUGUGGACACAAAAGAACAAUGCAAUAGUGUUCACAACAAAUCCUGCAUUUUACAGGAUUCACUGUGUUGGAAGGGCAGGCGAGAGUCAGAGGAAGGUCAUCAAAGGAUGUCACACAAUGAAGCUGAUCAAAGGAAAACGCAUCUUCGCAGCUGACCUGAUGGAUUUCCAACCAUUUGAUGUUGAUGAGAAUCGGAGGAGAAAGACGGAGAGGCAGAAGUGUCGAGAGAUUCAGAAGAAAAUGACUAUGACAAGGAAAAACAAGAGGGUACCCCCUCCACUACGUCCUCGCAUGUCCAGACCAUUUCCCAUGGAUGUGCAAGAAGAUUUAGAAGAUGAUGUUGCCAUGGACAUUGAUUAG